GUGAAUGAUCUGAGAAAUAUUAGUCAUAUUUGAUUCAUAGUAAAAUAGUGUCUACGAUAGUGAAUUUUGUCCAGUCUAGUGUUUAUGCAAAAUAGUGCUUUUACAAAUUUGUGUUUUCAAUUCAUUAACGAGAAUUGUUUACCUGAAUGGCGGCUACUGCAUAGAUAAACUAGCGCCGAAAUUUACAUAUCAAAGAUGUCUUCUCCUGCCUUGAUUGAAUUUGAAGGUUGGCUCAUUUAUCAACGAAUCACGAUAGAAUGCGCAAAUUGCUUGUAAUUGCAAGUACGCAGUCCCCUUGCUUAUUGACGUAUUGAUAAAGUGUCAAGAUUACUGCAUUUUUAUGUUUUCAUUUUGAGUUGCUAUUUGAUUUGUACAAAUGUUAGACACAGUUAUGACGGACAAUGCUUUCAAAGCGCAAGAUAUUGGGCUACGCGCCCAGAAAAAAAUAUUAUCACGAAUGGCAACGAAAAGCGUUGCAAAAGUCUUCAUAGAUGGUACAACUUCUUCGUUGCUGGAUAACGUUUAUAGGCUACUAAAGCAAUAUACUGGAAACAAAAAAGAAGCAGAAAAGAUUGUUAAAAAUAUAAUAAAGAUUGUGAUAAAAGUUGGCGUAUUGCAUAGGAAUUACCAAUUCAAUAAUGAUGAACUCAAUGCUGCCCAUCAGUUCCAAAAUAAAUUUAAGAAUCUGAAAAUGUCCAUCAUAUCAUUUUACGAAGUAGAUUAUAGUUUUGAUCUUCCCUAUCUUCAAAAAACGAUUAGAGACUGUCAGAAUCUUUUAAUCCAACUAGUCCAAAGGCAUCUAACAGAUAAGUCUGUUAAUCGAAUACAAGAAGUAUUUGGUUUCUUCAACGAUCCCAAAUUUUUGGAGAGUGCCUUCAGAUCAGACUCACCAUAUCGGGAAAUAAUGGGAAAAAUUGUGUCAGAUAUGAAUAAGGCUAUAGAUAAUGGAGAUUUGUAAUUAUAUCUAAAAAAUCUAGUAUGAUUGCUAGACUGCACUGCUACUGGCACAACACGUAUCAUUACAAUUAUUAAUGCAUUUAUUAUAAAACUGGAUCUAUAAAGAAAGCACUCUUGUAUUGGUAAGUCCACUAUAUAAUAUGUACGUUAAAAUCGUUAUAUGUGGAAUCCUUGUACUAAAAAUGUGUUAGCAGAUACUUUAGAAUGUUAUUAAUGAAAGUGUUGAUUAGUUUCUUCAAAAUUAUUAAGGUAAGGUGGUCUGUGUAUCGUUUACCUUGUAUGUGGUUUUGAUGUAUGUCGUGAAAUAGUGUUAUCUGGAUAUAGCAAAUUAUUAAUAGUGUUAAAUACUCAGUCACUUUAUAAUUUCAAAAGCAAUAAUUAUAACUGCACUAAAAUGAAUAAUUUAUAGACGACAAA